UGCUUUAAAAGCAGAACAUGUCCGGUCUGGAGGAGACGUCGGUUGCCUGCGUGCACAACUACCUGGGUCCAAACUCCAAUUGUUAUGAUCUCGCCUUUGGAUUCAAUGAUACCAAAUUGAUUGCUUGAGGGUGUCGCAGUUCCCAGUCUACAGAAAUGGAUGGAAACAAUGAAGCUGGAGCCAAUGGUGAGGUGCAACAUUGCCCAGCUCACCCAAACGAUGCCCCGGUAGGCAGGACAGGAGCUGCCAUGGCUACAGAGCAGGAAGGUGGAGGACAGCAGAACAAAGAACCAGUGGCAAAAAAGGAUACACACACCACUGCCGAAAAGGUCACUGUUGGACAUCCAGAUUCCACAGAAGUGUCCAAUAAUGCAGGUCUUGCUGGUGAAACAGUCCUGCCGGAGAACUCGAACCCUGAGCAGGGCCAAGGGGACAACGGGGAAUGUUCCGAAGGUGGAACCAAUGGUGUGGCACCACCAGAGGGGGACCAUUCACCCAGCCUGGCGGACCCAAACGUUGGCCAUGAAGAAGGGACUGGAGGUGCACAGGCUGAAGAGCAGGAAGAUGGAGUACAGCAGAACGGAGAGCCGGUGACAGAAAGGACAACAAACGCCACUGAUGAAAAGGAAUCAACGACCGACGCUUCCGAUCCUGAAGGGGCCGACAGCGAUGAGCCCAGACCCCGCCAGCGUCCUCUUGGGCCUGCGGCUGACGAGACGGAUUCUGAACCUAUAGUUGUGGAUGUGGCUGGAGACCGUUCAGGAAAUACAAUGUAUUUGCUGCUGUUGGCGGCGGUAUUGGUUGGACUUUUUGCAAUUUGGUUGGUCGAUGAAACUCACGAAGCCCAAACGGAGCAGAAGCCUUUCCCCCAGGUGGACCUCUUCAUCAGAGAGAUGAACGCACUGGAGACCCGCUUCCCCGGCCAGCGCCUUGAGCUGUGGAAGAGGAGCAGGAUCCACCUGGAACGGCACCUCCGGAACGCCCGGCCCACAGAACCCGUCAGCCUGAUCCUGGUGGCGGGCCGCAGGGCCGAGCAGACUCUGGGCUGCCUGGCCCGAGGGCUGGCGGCCGCCUUCUCCGCCGCCCACGACGCCUCGGUGCUCCACUUCGACGGAGCCGCCGAGGCCGGACGGGACAGCGACCGGGUCAAGAUGGACAUCGACGGCGCGCUGCAGGGGGCGUUCGGGGGAGGGGGCAACCGGCCCGCCGCCGUCAUCCAUCGCUUGGAGGAGCUGCCGCCGGGCUCCACGCUCAUCUUCUACCGCUACUGCGACCACGAGAACGCGGCCUUCAAGAAGACCUUCCUGCUGUUCACCGUUCUGCUGGACGAGCCGGAGCUGGAGGCGGAGCUGCGGCUGAACGACGUGGAAGAGCUGGUGGACGAGCAGCUCCAAAGGAAGUUCAUCUCGCCGGGGCUGUCGGUGGCCUUCGACAGCAUGGACCGGGACAAGUACAGCGGGCUGUGGAGCCGCAUCUCGCACCUCAUACUGCCUGUGGCCGCGAAUCCAGGGGUGGAGCGGGACGGUUGUUGAAGGAAGGGGCACCAACACGUACUUUUAAAACUGCAAACAUAAAGAUCACAGCAAACGUAGAGAUCACCUAGGGACAUCUCUGUUUUUUUAAGGACGUUCAGGUGUUCAUUUUAAUGUCAUAUUUUAUAUAUUUCAAUUAAUGCCAGAAAACGUUUAUUGAAGGAACACUACAGUCAAAUUUGUGCCUUAGCCACCUUUUACAGAUUUUUUUUUUCUGUGUGUUGGCGACCCAGGGCAGCCAAGAUAUAAGCUGCUAUAAUCUUACCAAUGCUCAAAUGAUGUCUUUUCCUCAUCGUAUUUUAUGACUUUUGGUAAAGUCACUUUUAAUCAGGUGUUACAUUUGUGAUUUUAUUCAUUUUGACGACCUCCUCUGAGUCACCUACGCUGUUCUGUAAAUAAAUAAAACGAAGGCGUUUGUGAA